AUGGGCUCGUCACCGUACAACCUGCCCACCAUAGUUCCACAACCCCCUACACUGAGAGGUGCAGAAAUACCAAAAAAUGCGGGGCAGCAACUGGAGCUUAGCUGUACCUCCUCAGGGGGAAACCCGCUCCCCAAGCUUACCUGGUACAACGGCACAAAGGCAUUUACUGAGCAAUACGUCAAACGGCAACAACAGGAAGGCCGUGUUGAAGCUGACCUUAUCCUGCGGCGUCUGACCAAAUGGGAUAACGGUAUGAACCUGACUUGCAGAGCGAGCCAACCGUUUCCAGAGAUUACUUCAGUGCAAGAAUCCUGGAAACUUUUACAAGUGAAUUAUCCCCCAAGUAUAUCUGUUCCAACCACAUCAGUACAAGUCAAAGAGGGAGAUCCGGCACUUUUAUCGUGUCUGGUAGACAGCAAUCCAUUUGCGAGCAUCACCUGGACUAAACAUGGUCUUCCCGUUACUAUUAGUGAUAUGGGGUAAUAAAAUCAUGUAUCCUUACGUUAGCACUGUAGAUCGGGCACUUACCGCAUUCCCCGUGCAUCUCGUCAAGACGCAGGGAUUUACCAAUGCACAGCAGACAACGGCGUGUUUCCUAAAGCUGUGGGCACUGUAUCGUUGGAUGUUCUGUAUCCGCCAAGUAUUGAUCCCUCCAUGGAAAAGAAGGUUACCGUUCUGCAAGGCAAUGAUGAGUUCUCAUUGGAAUGUCUGGCGGAAGGAAAUCCAGAACCGCGAGUGAAAUGGUGGCGGAAGGAUACUAACCUAUACUGGGAAAACCCACUGCGGUUCCACCGGGUGCACUACGACAUCGAGGGAACGUAUCAAUGCGUCGCUAUAAGUAAUGGGUUCCCUCAGAGCACGAAAGACAUUCACAUCGAUGUCAUAGGGAAACCGCAUCUAGAUGGACAUGGAAAUUCGGCUAUGAUAAAUGCAGCUGUUGGAGAAACAGUUCGGCUUCCUUGUGCAGUUUUCGCUGACCCUCUGCCAUCUAAUGUUGAAUGGAUAUGGAGAAAUAAGUACGGAUUGGAAACUGAACUGGACAGCUCCAUUGCUCAGAUUGAUACUAUUAGAAGAAACCAGAGAAUGACGUCGACACUAACGAUACCGGAUGUUGCCGUGAAGGAUGGCGGGGAUUACAUCUGCAAGACAACUAACAUGUUUGGAUCCGCCAUGCGAAAUAUUCACUUGGAGAUCGAAGAGACUAUUCCGAAUGUUAUCGUCAUCACUUCCAUCGUUGCUGGAGCGAUACUAGUGCUGACAGUAGCAGCAGUUCUGGUGGCCAUUGCCAAGAGAAAGGGCUGGAUCUGCAAGUCUGACUUAGAUGCUUCUCGCCCGAUGCCCCCUGUACCGAAGUACGUGUACAAGACCGGUACCAUUGACUCCGGUGUGGAGGACCUACAGGAGCUACAGGAGAUGUACGGUACUCUCAAACCACGUCCUCCGCCACGGAUGGAGAAGAAGUGGGAGUCGGUUGGACUUUCCUACACUGUAAAUGGUGCCAGCUAUGAGGAGGUUCCCAUGCCAGCCGCUGUUCUCCUAGGCCGCACAACCACACUCCAGUGCAGUUUUAGUGCCCUGUCGCCAGAGGACAUGGUUACAUGGGCAGGACCCCCUGGUUUCAGACCCAUAUCUAUCGGCCAGAGAGUGGGACAAGGUUAUAAGCGUCACAAGUUGGUUGGGGACACACAAAAGGGAGAGUAUCAUUUACAAAUACAAGAUGUCAAGAUGGAGGAUGAAGGCAUAUACAGAUGUGCUAAUCUUGACCUGACUCCAAAAGAAGCCAAGCUUACUGUUGUUGUUCCAGUUCCCCGUCACCCUCUACUGAGAGGUCUGGAGGUUCCAAGUAAGGUGGGACAAGAACUUGCUUUGAGGUGUCUAUCUUCUGGAGGGCACCCGCUACCAGAGCUGACGUGGUACAACGGUACACAGGCUUUUACUGGUGAACAAGUGAGACGGCAGGAGCGCGAAGGUCAAGUUGAAACUGAACUGGUUAUUCCACAGGUGACCAAAUGGGACAACGGCAUGAACCUGACAUGCAAAGCCAGUCAGCCAUUCCCAGAGAUCACGAAGCAGACGCUUCGCAUCAGGAAUACAACUCGUCUUGAUGCUGGUAUUUAUCAGUGUUCAGCGGAGAAUGGUAUCUUACCCAUAGGUGUGGGUACCGUCACUUUGAACGUUCUCUACCCUCCUUUGAUAAAUCCAUCCAUGGAGAAGAAAGUUACUGUUCAACAAGGCAAUGAUGGGUUUUUACUGGAGUGUCUGGCGGACGGAAAUCCAGAACCACGAGUAAGGUGGCGGCGGAAGGAUACAAAUUUAUAUUGGGAAAAUCCGCUACGGUUCCGUCGGGUGAGCUACGAGGUGGAGGGGACGUAUCAAUGUGUGGCCACAAGCGAUGGGUUUCCUCUGCAGGCCAAAGACACCUUCAUCGAUGUAGUUGGAAAACCCUUGAUGCAAAGGAAAACGGGCACAUCGACCGUAUCUGCCGCUGUUGGAGAAGCAGUUCGCAUGAGUUGCACUGUUACAGCCGACCCACUGCCAUCUAAAAUGGACUGGGUAUGGCGUAAUGAUGACGGAGUAGAGAAGGAAUUGCCGGCGAGUGUCAACAGUAAAAUAGUUAUCACUGAAGAGGGCCAGGGGAUGACAUCGGUACUGACCAUACCUGAUGCUACUGUACAGAACAGCGGGAACUACAUCUGCACGGCAUCGAACGUCUUCGGGUCUGUCAGACGCAACAUUCGUCUCGACAUUUCAGGUGAAGCAGGCUUCUCACAAAAAUGA